CAGUACUCGAGUAGUACUCAGGAUUGUUUGGCGAUGCGAGUAGGGAAACUUGAGGUGCUGAUGCACCUGGCAGCCUUUGCUCUGGUAGGAACGGAUCUUUCUUCGACGACGCUCGUAAACUUCCCACCAGAGGCCUCCACUUCAGUCACUCAAGGAUUCCGCAAGAAUAGCCUCCAAGGUUUAGAGGACAGAGGGGAAGAACAUUCCACAUGGUCUAUUAAUAUAAGCCGUGUCCAAUUAAGCUCAAAUUUUAGAACCGAAGAUGAAACCGGGAAACCAAACCUCACCGGUACCGUACCCAAGGUCAGUGCUCACACCAAACCUACUGAAGCUGAAGAUUUGCAAAAUGGGCUUGGAAAAACGGAUAAGGAAGGCAUUGUGACGCAAAAUUCAAUGCAGAAAUCAGGGAAAAGCAAGAAACGGAGAAAGAAGAAAAUUCCUGUUUUGAAGCAGGCGUCUGAAGAAAAUUAUCUGCAUCCCUUAAAGAAGGAUGUCAUAGAGAUCCAGAAAAGGUUGUACGACCUCCAAGUCUGA